AUGUCAAGAAACAAGCAAACCUCUGCAACCGCCGACUUUAUCUCUGGAAAUUUCGGUGGCAUGUCUCAAGUCAUUGUGGGUCAGCCUUUAGAUACUAUCAAGGUCAGACUUCAAUUGGAUCAAGGCAGAUUCAAAGGCGCCUGGGAUUGUACUGUGCAAACUGUACAAAAAGAGGGCUUCUUUGCUCUAUAUAAAGGUAUGGCAAGUCCACUGAUUGGUAUCGGUGCAGUCAAUGCGCUUUUGUUUGCAGCCAACUCAUCCAUCAAAAGCAAGCUUCAGACGCAUCCUGAUGAGCUGCUCUCGUUGGACAAAAUUGCAUUAGCAGGUGCCGGCGCUGGUUUUGUCAAUAGUAUCCUAGCUAGUCCUGUUGAGUUACUCAAAAUCAAGAUGCAAGCACAGUUUGGAUCCAAAUCUGUCGAUGGAAAACGUCAUUUCACGGGCCCAAUUGAUUGUGCAAAGUAUUUGAUCCAGAGAGACGGCAUUGCUCAUGGACUAUUCAGAGGAUUGUGGGCUACAAUUGCUCGCGAGAUCCCAGCUUAUGCUGGUUUCUAUUCAGGGUUUGAGUUCACAAAGAGACAUCUGACUCAGGGUCAAGAGGCAAGCGUGCUUCAGCUGAUGAUGUCUGGUGCUAUGGGUGGCGUCAGCUACUGGGUGUGUUCAUACCCUUUGGAUGUGGUGAAAUCAGUGGUUCAGAACCAAGUAGAACCUCCUAAAGGCUUGUAUAUCACACAUGUGCUAAAGCAAAUAUAUAGACGUGAUGGUCUUGGAGGCCUCUUCCGUGGCUUCACACCUACAGUAUUGAGAAGUAUUCCUGCAGCAGGCGCAACAUUCACGGCUUACGAACUUUCUAUCCGCGCAUUCCAAGCCAACGGCUGGUAA